AAAACUUGUAACACAUUAUAAUCAUUUACUCCGUAGCAAUGCGGAAGUGAAUUGCAAAUCAACACAAAAUGGAUGCAAAUAAUUUCGGUGGAAAAUUAAAGCGGUUUGCUGGUACAGCAGGGACAGUUUUUAACAGAGCUGUUCAGUUCACAGAAGAGAAGCUUGGUUCAGCAGAGAAGACAGAACUGGAUGCACAUUUUGAGAAUCUUCUCAAUCGAUCAGAAAAGACCCGAAUAUGGACAGACAGGACUCUAAAACAGACAGAGGCACUGCUACAGCCAAAUCCAAAUAUACGUAUGGAAGAGAUGUUUUAUGAAAAACUUGACAAGCGAAAGCGGGAUCGUAACAAUGUCUACGAGUCACUAGGGGGAGUUAUGGUGGAUGCUGGGAAUGAGUUUGGUCCAGGAACAGCUUAUGGAAAUGCUCUAGUCAAGUGCGGACAGACACAGAUUCUGAUGGGGAGUGCAUACCGAGAGUUUAUUCAGUCAUCAGCCAAUAAUUUUCUUCAGCCAUUACAGAACUUCCUGGAAGGAGACAUGAAAACAAUCAUGAAAGAGAAGAAAAUUCUUGAGACCAAACGAUUAGACUUAGACUCGUGUAAAAGUCGACUGAGGAAAGCGAAACAGGUUGCAUCACAAACUCAGAACGUCCAAAUGCCCGCUAAUAACCCAUAUGCCAAGAUGGAGGAUGAUGUUAUUGCAAAAGCUGAAGCAGACUUGCGCCAAGCCCAGUCCGAGUUUGACAGACAGGCAGAAAUUACCAAACUUCUACUGGAAGGAAUUACAAGCACACAUGCUCACCAUCUCCGAUGUCUGAACGACUUUAUUGAAGCUCAGAGGACAUUCCACGCUCAGAGUCAGCAAUACAUGGCAGAUCUACAAAAACAACUUGGCAGUGGGGAGGAAUCUAGUCCGACUUUUGUAGAAGCUUUUUCUGAACUCCUCCAAACUAAGGAAACUUCAGAUUUCACAGCAGUGCCGGGUUCAGGGGCCGGUUCCACUCCCAAUAACCUUGGUUUGAGCUCUGGCAAUAACUCCACUCUGACUCCCUCUGCCCCUCCCGCAAUACAAGUCACGGCUUCCACACCUGCCACAGAAAAAAAGCAAGCACGAGUCCUAUAUGAUUAUGACGCUGCAGAUCCUUCUGAAUUAUCUUUAUUAGCGGAUGAGCUAAUCACAGUAUACAGACUGCCCAAUAUGGAACCUGAUUGGCUGAUGGCAGAAAGGGGUUCACAAAAGGGAAAAGUUCCUACCACAUAUUUAGAAGUAUUAGAAUGAGGGUAGCUUUAUUAGGGAUUUUAGUCAUUUUUGUAAAUAAUGAAAUAAUGAAUUUUAUGUGACAAUGUCAAAAUGGUGCAUGUGUUAAACUGUUAAGGACAAGUUACAACAUUUUAUAUGUAUACAGACUGCUUAUAAGACAGGGUCCCAAGUUUGCACUGAACAGUAUCUUGCUAAAACUCAUAUAGGAUAGCUUACAUAAUUUUCCAAAUUUUAUUUUGACAGUGCUUAUAUUUUUGAAGCGGAAUAUUUAAAGUGGAGACAUUUUAAGUGUGUACAAUUUAGCAUACAUUUUUAAGUGCUCAGAUAUAAGAGUAAUGGCAGAUUAUCAUAAAAAAUAAUAAUAUUGGGUGAUAUAUUCUGCAGCUGUAUUUAAAAUUGAAUAUCAUACUUGCAGUAGAAAAGAAGAUAGAAGUUUCAUUGUCCUAAAAUUCUACAAAAAUAUUUUGGGUAUCUUAGUGUUGAAGGUUUGUGUCGAUUGUUACAGAAUAUUAUAUUAAAAUGGGCAAGACUUAUGCUGGAUUUUUGCUGCGGAGAUUGCAGUGUAUCACUCAGUGUAAAACAACCAGGGGGUACUCCAUGACACAAAAGCUAAUAAAUUGUGUAUUACACAUGCUGUUGCACUGACUGAUAUGUAAAUGCUGUGUCAUGUUGCAGUUGUAUGGCUAUUUGUUACUUUGAAAA